AUGUCCACCGACCACCUGCAGGACGAGAUCCACCGCGAGUCGCUCGCCGACCCGGAGCGCUUCUGGCGCCACCAGGCGGAGCAGCUGCACUGGCACAAGUUCCCCUCGCAGAUGCUCAAGACGUUCACCAAGACGCUGCCGAGCGGCGUCGAGCACAAGUCGUGGGAGUGGUUCCCCGACGGCGAGCUCAGCUACUGCUACAACGCGGUCGACCGGCACGUCGCUGCUGGCCGCGGCAAUCAGCCCGCCAUCUACUACGACUCGCCCGUCACCCGCAACAAGCGCACCAUCACCUACUCGGAGCUGCUGGACGAGGUCGAGACCCUCGCUGGCGUGCUGCGCGAGGAGGGCGUCGAGAAGGGCGACGUCGUGCUCAUCUACAUGCCCCAGGUCCCCGCCGCCGCGAUCGGCAUCCUCGCGUCGAACCGCCUCGGCGCGGCCCACUGUGUCGUGUUCGGCGGCUUCUCGGCCCCGGCUCUCGCCCAGCGCAUUGACGCCGUCAGGCCAAAGGUCAUCCUCACGGCCACCUGCGGCAUCGACGGCACGAAGCCACCCAUCCCGUACCGGCCGUUCGUGCACGAGGCGAUCCGCCUCGCGACCCACAAGCCGCGCCGCACCAUCAUCUGGCAGCGCUCGCAGGUCGACUGGCCCGCCGACGAGUCCAAGGGCGAGCGUAACUGGCAGGCGUUGGUCAAGUUUGUGCGCGACCGCGGCGUGCGCACCGAGUGCGUGCCGGUCGCCUCAACGGCCCCAUGCUACAUCUCGCACACGUCCGGCACGACCGGCAACCCCAAGGGCGUGAUCCGCGACACUGGCGGCCACGCCGUUGGCCUGCACCUCUCCGUCGCGAUGGUGUUCAACAUCCGCGGCCCCGGCUCGGUCAUCUUUGCUGCGUCUGAUAUCGGAUGGGUGCUCGGCCACGCCUUCAUCCUCUCGGCCCCAUUGCUCACCGGCGCCGCGACCAUCAUCUACGAGGGUAAGCCCGUCGGCACGCCCAACGCCGGCGCCUUCUGGCGUAUUGUUGAGGAGUACAAGGUCAACACGCUCUACUGCGCUCCUACCGCCCUCCGCGCCAUGAAGCGCGAGGACCCAGACUACAAGUACCUCAAGGAGAUUGGCGAGCGCGGCGGACUCAAGUCGCUCCGUGCCCUCUUCCUCGCUGGAGAACGCUCCGAGCCAUCCAUCAUCACCUCUUAUCAGGAACUGCUCGACGCCUACGCCGCGCCCGACGCUCACGUUAUCGACAACUGGUGGUCGACCGAGACGGGCUCGCCCAUCACGUCGCGCGCCCUCAUCCCCCAGGCCGGCAAGGACCGCCAGACCAAGGAGGUCAGCUACCCGCCCCCGGAGCUGCGCCCCGGAUCCGCCGGCAAGCCGAUGCCAGGGUUCGACCUGCGCAUUGUCGACGACGACGGCAACGAGGUGCCCCGCGGCACCAUGGGCAACAUUGUGCUCGCGCUGCCGCUGGCCCCGACGUCGUUCAACACGCUCUGGGAGGACGAGCAGCGCUUCUACAAGGGCUACCUCGAGCGCUUCAACGGCAAGUACCUCGACACUGGAGACGCCGGCUACCAGGACAAGGACGGCUACGUGUCGAUCAUGGCGCGCAACGACGACGUGCUGAACGUGUCUGCGCACCGUCUGUCGGGCGCCGCGAUUGAGCAGUCGAUCGCCUCGCACCCGCUCGUGGCCGAGGCAUGCGUUGUCGGCGUGCCCGACGCGCUCAAGGGCCAGCUGCCCUUCGCGUUCGUCACGCUGUCGGUCGCCGACCACCCGACGUCGGCCGUGCCGGACCCCAAGCUGCUCGGCGAGAUCCAGCAGCUCGUCCGCUCGCAGGUCGGCGCGAUCGCGACCCUCGGCGGCGUGAUCCAGGGUGUGGGCAUGAUCCCCAAGACGCGCUCGGGCAAGACGCUCCGCCGUGUCCUCCGCUCGCUGCUUGAGAACGCCGCCGACGGCGACUUUGACGCAAAGGUCGACGUGCCCUCCACCGUUGAGGACAUUGGCGCCGUCGAGGCCGCCCGCCAGAAGAUUAGAGAGUACAUGGCUAUCAAGGGCGCGAGCCACAAGGCCAUCGAGGCGCGCCACAAGCUCUAG